AUGCCAAUAUUCUUUGUGGAGAAGACCCAAAUGCCAACGUUGUUUGCCAACACUCGUGUGGAGCGUGGCUCCCUUGCCAGCACACGUGCAAGGACAUAUGUGGGAAUUGCAACAGCAAUGAGAAGAGCCACCCGCCGUGCGUUGAAAUCUGCGGUUUAUCAAAAGCCUGUCGUCACAAAUGCAAGGAAAUUUGUCAUGAUGCUGGAAAGGCCUGCCCGACAGGAUGCCUUGAACCAUGUACUGACCGCUGUGAGCAUGGGCCAUGUAAGCGUCGUUGUGGAGACAGUUGUGACCCAUGUGUCAAGCAAACCGUUCCUGGCUGCAAACACGAUGCAACGGAUAUGCUGUGUUGCUUACCGAGCUUAUCACUACCCUGCAGCCAGAGAUGUCCGAAGACUCUUGACUGUGGUCACGCUUGUCCUUCAUUGGAAGGCGAGACAUGUCCGCCUUCGAAGGUCUGUUCGGAAUUUGGAUACCAUCAAUCUCCUCGGCGUGUACAAGGUCGACACCAAUGGGACUAUCCUAGCAAUCAACUCCGACAUCCGCUUGCCAUCUCUCGACGAGCCAAGAUGCGUAUGUGGAGCACCUUUGGAAGGCACGCGACGGUAUAGAAUCCACUCCAAGUUGGUAAGAUUCAACACCACUCUGGAUCUCCUUCUCGCCAAAACGGGACGUAAGCUGGCCAACUUUGGAUCCGCGGUCGAGACACUGGAGAAGCAACUUGACGAAACGUUUGACGCAUUUGUCGAGGCCAUUCGUCCCAACCCACUGGCUGCUAAGGCCAAUGCCGCUCUCCUCUUGCGUCGGUCCCGGGAGAUUCUCGACCUGCAAAAUCAGAUCACGGAUUUCCGGAAGAACGUUGUCGAUCUGGUCCAGCGCGACCUCGCGCGUUUGAAUAACGCGUUUCCCAACAUCGUGCCAUCCUACACUCUGAUGUUCCAUCUUCACUUCGAUGUACUGGGAUACCGCGUCGUCAGCGUACGUCUUAGUGAUGCCUUGAAGCUGGGAAAUCAACUUCUGAAAUUGCAGGACCCAUCUUUCAGUGUCCAGCGUCAAGGUCUGAAGAUGAUACAAUUCGUCCACCGAGAGUCGAUUGCUUGGGUCGGUUUGUGCAAGCACGCCUUGGCUGACCCACUACUCAUGACCAACCCGUCUCUCGAAGCCGAGAUUAGGCUGCUGCAGUUGCAGUUCCUUAUUUACGCCAAAUCGACAAGAGUCCAGUUGGUACACCUUGGCAGUCCGGUCGAAGACACCGCGCUUGCUAUGGACGAAGAUGCCAUCAAAACUAGCUUGGAUAUCGCCACGAAAUUCAGUCGAAGUUCCCCUCGUACAUGUGCUCCUUUCGGCCAGACUGCACGAGAUUUUGCCGAUAUCUUCGCUGCCGCGAACGAGGUCUCGACGUCUUCACCGAUCCCGGCAAUCAAGAACGCUCAUGUGCGUGAGAUUGAAAAGCUCUGGGGGCAACACAAACUCGGUCACCUGAAAACCUGUGCCAAGAGGCACAUUUACUCUUCAAAGACAUUCUGCGACGCCUGUCCCGAAUGCGGAAAGGAGGCCUCAGUCUCUAGCAACGAGGUCUUCCGUGAGUCUUCGAAGCACCUGUUCGAGAGUCAAUUCUUGGAGGCAAUGCACGCUAGGCCAACCAGUUCUCGCCAUGUUGAAUCGACCACGGCUGAGAGCCCGGAGACAGACCGACGACCAAGCAAUGAUCAGCCUGUGUUGGAAGAAGAGGUGCCCGAGCAACCAGACAGAGAAUUGACCCAGGAGGAGCGAUUUCUCAUAGCCAUGAGGAACAACUUGCCAAAGAUUCAUGGUGGAUGCCAAUUGCCGAGAGUCUGA